UCAUAUCAUGCCCACUGACAUUUAUUUCACACGCACAAUAAUUCUUAGUAGUAGUUAAUUUACUCAACCAUAUAUAUUAGAGGAAAAUUUUCCACAUCACAUACAAUAACUAACUUCAACUCAUCAAUGGCUUUUUCUUUUAGCUCCUACCUAACCCACAAUUCUCUAUGUUUGUUAACAUUAUUAUUAUUAUUAUUUUUAGCUUCACAAUCAAAGAGGUGCCAUGGUUUUAGUUCAUUUGGUUUUGACAUCCACCAUCGAUUUUCUGAACCGGUGAAGGGUAUUUUGGGUAUUCAUGAUGUACCCGACAAAGGAAGUCGUGAAUACUAUGUUGCUAUGGCCCACAGAGACCGCGUGUUUCGUGGGAGACACCUCGCCGCCGAUGAUAUUCAUCAGAAACAGCUUCUUACGUUUUCUCCUGAUAACGAGACGUACCAGAUUAGCUUAUUUGGAUUUUUGCAUUUUGCGAAUGUUUCUGUUGGGACACCAGCUUCAUCGUUUCUAGUUGCAUUGGAUACUGGGAGUGACUUGUUCUGGCUUCCUUGCAAUUGUACCAAAUGUGUGCAUGGUAUACAGUUAUCAUCAGGACAGCAAAUUGAUUUCAAUAUCUAUAAUAACAAAAGAUCAUCGACGAGCCAAAUUGUUGGCUGCAACAACAGCUUAUGUGAGCAGCAGAGUCAAUGUUCUUCAUCUAGUGCCACUUGUCCAUAUCAAGUUAACUAUCUAUCAGAUGAUACUUCAACUACUGGUUUCUUGGUACAAGAUGUGUUGCACCUAAUUACAGAUAAUGAUUAUCAAACUAAACAUGUUGACCCACGAAUUACUUUCGGUUGUGGACAAGUUCAGACAGGGGCAUUUCUGGAUGGGGCAGCUCCAGAUGGUUUAUUUGGACUAGGAAUGGGUGAUAUAUCUGUUCCAAGUAUCUUAGCCAAACAAGGCCUAAUUUCAAAUUCAUUUUCAAUGUGUUUUGGUAUUGAUGGUUCUGGAAGAAUAACAUUUGGGGAUGAUAAUAACAGCUUGGACCAAGGAAAAACACCAUUCAACCUAAAGCCGUUGCAUACAAUUUACAACAUCACAGUCACCCAAAUUAUUGUGGGAGGAAAUGUUACUGAUCUUGAGUUGAAUGCAAUAUUUGACACUGGUACCUCAUUUACAUAUCUAAACAACCCAGCUUAUACGCAAAUUACUCGAAGUUUUGAUUCAAAAAUUAAACUAAGCAGGCAUUCAUCUUCUGCUUCUGACAGUCUUCCAUUUGAAUACUGCUAUGGAAUUAGAUCAAACCAGACUGUUGAAGUUCCAAAUAUUAAUCUGACAAUGAAAGGUGGAGACAAUUAUUUUGUCAUAGACCCAAUAGUAUUGAUUAGUGGUGGGGGUGCUAACAAUGUUCUUUGUUUGGGUGUCUUGAAAAGCAACAAUGUGAAUAUCAUUGGACAAAACUUCAUGACAGGUUACCGUAUAGUCUUUGACCGCGAAAUCAACAUGCUGGGUUGGCAGGAAUCUAACUGUUAUGAUGAUGAAAUCUUCAAUUUACCGGUUAACCGAUCAAACGCUCACGCCCCGGCUGUUGCUCCUGCUAUGGCUGCAAAUCCUAAAGUAACAUCAAGUGAGUCUAAUGAUCAAAGAAGGCUACCAUCUAGUCACUCAUUUGAGAUAAAACCUGCUUUUGCAUUUACAGUGGCCCUUGUUCUGCUUUUAGCCAUUUUUUUAGCAUACCUGUAACUGUUAUGUGUUGUAUUAUUUAGAUUAGUACUAAUUUUGUUUUUUCAGAAUACACAAGAGAAGCAUUAUUACUACACAUUUUUUUCUGGAGUCUUAAUAGCAUUGAUUUGAUAGGGUUUGUAAAUAAUGUAAAAGCAUAUACGCAUAGUUGUAUACCACAUGAUUUAUAUUUCCAUUCUUACAUUGCACUUUCAUUGAUUGAAGUAUCUUUUACAACGA